AUAAUUGAAUGAAAUACAAUUAAAAUAAAAGAUGAAUUUAAGUUUAUUUAUGGAAAACAAUUCGAUUAUUCCCAAUUACUUCUAACAUGUAGUUGAAAUUAUUUCAAUUAUUAUUGUGGAAAAAUUGUAGAACAUACAUAAAUGCCCAAUUACUUCUAACAUGUAGUUGAAAUUAUUUCAAUUAUUAUUGUGGAAAAAUUGUAGAACAUACAUAAAUAACUAUGGACCCAUUUGAGGAUUCGUUCAAUGCCAUACUUGCAAAUUGCGAUAUUGACAUUCCGUGUCCAUCGAAGCAAACAAAGACUGAAAAACCAGAAAAUUCAAAUGAUAAAGAAGAUACUGGUACUAAGCCGAAGAUUAAUAAAAGUCAUUGCAUUCUAGUUUCACCAAAACAGAAAGGAAAUCCAAUACUAAAAGCGAUAACUAAUGUCCCCUGGGAGUUUGAAGAUAUUAUACCAGAUUAUGUAAUGGGAAAAACUACUUGUGCUUUGUUUUUAUCCCUUAAAUACCAUAACCUAAAACCUGAUUAUAUACAUGAACGUCUCAAGUUACUUGGAAAAAGUUAUGAAUUGAGAGUGCUUUUGGUCCUUGUCGACAUGCAGGAGCCUCACAUACUACUAAAAAAUUUAACGAGAAUAUGCAUACUGGCAAAUCUAACCCUCAUGCUGGCAUGGAACGACGAUGAAGCUGGUAAAAUUAUUGAAACGUAUAAAAUGUUUGAAACUAAACCCCCGGAUAUUAUAAUGGAAAAAUCUGAACAAUAUCCACACCAAAAGCUUGUUAGUGCCCUGACUUGUAUCAAACCGGUGAAUCAAACAGACGCAAUGACCAUUCUAUCUUCUUUUGGAAGUUUAGAACAGAUUAUAAAUGCUUCCGAAAGCAAGUUAUGUGACUGUGUUGGUUUCGGUACAAGAAAAGCAAUGAAAUUGCACAAAACUUUGCAUGAGCCGUUCCUGAAAAAACCUGGCAAAAAAUCACCUAAGAAAACUGAAAAACCUAAUUUAAAAAGAGCUUAUACAAAUGCUUUAGAUGAUAAGGAAAUUGAUCGAUGUUUGAUGGAUGUUGUGGAAAAUAAGGAUUGA